GCUAGUAAUCUUUACUCUAAUCAACGCAAGUGUAGUAUAUUCACAUCGGUGGCAAAAAAGAAAAAAUAGAAAAUUCGUGGUUAAUAAUAUCCGGUGGUCAACGAAAACUAUCACUUCACCUGCCGCCGGUCAACACUACAACAAUGAACUCAUCGCUAAAUUCACUCCACCACUAUCCACCCAUCAACCACCACUAUCCACCACUUCCCAAACCCAAUCUCCACCGCAGCACACCCACCUGCUCUCUCCGCCGUCGCCGCCACUUCCGUCGCCGCCGCAACACCAUCGAUUUCACUACCACUACCACCGAUGCCACCACAUACCCACCUGACCCAGAUUCCAAACUUCACAUGGUAAUCCGCUUAGAUAAUCCACCUGUAUCUAUACAUAACUUAUUGAAUUCUUUUAACUUUGACUUGAAUGAAUUCAUUGAAUCCGGAAACGACGCCGUUUUGGAUUUACAAACUUUGAUCACCGUUGAUAGUGACAAGAGGGUGGUGGUGUCUUGUCGGAAGUCAACGGUGUACUUUAUGGGAAAGUUAGUUGUUUUAAGUUUGGUUAGUUUCGUGAUUUUUAAGGUUUUGAAUAUUUUAAGGUUAGGGUUUGGGAGUUUGUUAAGGAAACGGGGCGGUGUCGGCGGGGAGGUGGUGACUAGGAGAGAUAGGAGUUUAGGUGGGAGGGAAGUGGUUGUAAGUGCUACUAAGAAAGAUUUUAGAAAUGAGGGAAGUGUGAAUGUGAAUCCGUUGUCGAGUGUCGAAGAGUUGAGAGAUUCCGUGGCCACGAAUUGGGAGAGGUCGAAUAAGAGGCUUCCGGAUUGGUGGCCGGAUACUCAUGCUGCGCCGUUGGAGGGAGUACUUGAUAUGGAGGAGAGUCAACGGAAGGCGAAUUCGUUGAUUAGAGCAAUCUUGGACUAUAGAACGAGUGGAGAAGAUCUCCAAGAAGAUGAUAUAAUCUCGUUGCGUCAAAUAUGCAGGAUGUCUGGAGUGAAAGUAUUUAUCGAAAACAAUAAUUCACGAGAUUCAAUCUUUCGCACAUCCGUUGACUUUAUCUUAAACACUUGUGCCAGGGUAGCAAGCCAUUCUACAUUUGUUCAGAUUGAUGGUGAGGAUGCACGGGAAUUUAUUGCUGGGCUUGCCGAUAACAUUGGUCUUGAAAGCUUUCGUGCUGCUAGGAUUGUUACUGCAGCUGUUGCGGCACGUACACGUUCAUGGCUCUUACAAGCUUGGGCUCUGGAAAUGCAAGGUAAACCUAUUGAAGCAGUGAACGAAUUGUCGAAGUUAUGUCUAGUUCACAGGAUAUUUCCCCCAAUAGAAAACUCUCCUGAAAUGGAGAUGGUAGCUAACGGGCUGGAGAAGCAUCUGAAACCGGAACAAAGAGAAUAUCUGAUGAAAAUGCUAAUAGGUAUAUCUAGUGAAGAGAAUCGCAGAAGUCUUGUUGAAGCUUUAGGUUUGGAAAUGUCAGCUGGAAGUGUUAGUGAUCAAGAAGAAAACGUAAUAAAAAAUCAAGAGCUUUGAGCCUAGAAUAGAAGAUGCAUUGAAGCUCAAUUGACGUUAUAAUAAUUACUAAGCUUCCACAGACAAGAAAAACCAUCUUCUGGUUUGUUGCAUAAUUGGGUCAUUAGUAUAGCCAUAAUUUUCAGUGUAGGUUUUUGUAUUAGUUGCACUCGAUGAGUCUGGUCCAAAUGUUAUGCUCAUUGAGGCAUCAGAGACUACUUAUGGUAUUUUUUUGUACCAGACCUCUCCUUUUUUCUGCAUCAGAAACGUUGCUUUCCUCUC